UCGUCUAUGCUUUUAAAAUCUUGGAUUUGUUUUUAAAGAAUUAUAACAGCAAGUUUUAAAAAUAUCGUGGGCUAGGAAAGAUACAAUAUAAGUAUCUUUUCUUUGGUAAUCAACACGCAUUUUAAUGCUAGUACAACUCUUCCACAACGAGAAAUCUUUACGACACCUGCAUAAUAACAUCAUGGAGGACGAUGCACCCGUGAUUUAUGGUCUUGAGUUCCAGGCGAGAGCUUUGACUGCACAAGUUGCCGAGACAGAUGACAUUCGCUUUCUUGUCGGAACGCAAUCACUAAAGUUUGACAACCAGAUUCACCAGAUCGAUUUUGAUGAUGAGAAUAACAUUCUCAAUAAGAAUGUCUUUGCUCACAAGGAUGGUGAGAUAUGGCACAUCUCUGCCUCCCCAGUUGACAAAAACAUUCUUGCAACAUGCUUCAACAAUGUAUCGGACACAAAGUGUGAGAUGGCUGCUGCCCUCUGGAGGAUCCCGGCAGAGUUUGAUGUGGGCCUUGAUGACACUUCCUCUAGUUCACACUCCCUACAACUGCUCUGUAGACUGGAGCACGAUAGCUAUUCAAAUAUGUUUAGUGUGCUUUGGCAACCUAAUGGGGAAGGAGACAAAGUAAUCACGAUGGGAGAGGGUCGAUUUCUCACGUGGGAUCUGAAUGCGUCGGGCACGCAAGCCACGAUGACGGGUGUGGCUUCCCUUGAGGCUAAGGGUCAACCAAAGUUCACUGCUGGUAGGUGGAAUCCACACAGUAAUGCAACGCAGAUAGCUACAGCCAAUGACACGUCUAUUCGUCUGUGGGACCUUAGAAGUAUGGAGCAGGUGUCAAACAUAGACGUGGCUCAUAUGCAGUGCGUUCGAAACCUGGACUUCAAUCCAAACAAGCAGUAUUACCUGGCCAGUUGCGGUGACGACUGCAAGACCAAGUUCUGGGACACGAGAAAGACUGAUGAACCAUUGCUGGUUUUGUCUGAUCAUUCCCACUGGGUGUGGAGCGUCAGAUUCAACCACUUUCACGACCAGCUUGUGCUAACCUCUAGCAGCGACUCUCGAGUCAUCCUGACAAGUGUUGCGUCGAUAUCAUCUGAGCCGCUUGGCCACCUGGUGGAAGGAGAGGAAAGCGACGAUGACGACCAGGAUGAUAGUAGCAGGGAUGGACAAAAGAGGGCGCCGCAGACAAAUGGCGUGCUCGCGUCGUACGAGGAGCACGAGGAUAGUGUCUACGCGGCGGAGUGGUCUACGGCUGACCCCUGGCUAUUCGCGUCCCUCAGCUACGACGGUCGUGUGGUGAUUAAUCGUGUGCCGAGAGCUGAGAAGUACAAGAUACUGCUGUGAUUUAUGCGAGCUAGUCCGUAGUCUCGCGCGUGCUUGUAAAUAAUCAACGUCUGAGCGUUGAGGCGGGACAGCUAUUUAGGAAAUUCUUCUUUUGCUCGCAAACCUUCGUUUUUUGUUGAAAUUAAAAUUCAAAACUGGGAAGCCGUGUGAUCAGUCUGGAUCGAAUGCUACGUGAGCAUGUUAUUAAUGAGCGAAAUUGUUGUUUCAAUUUCGUAAACUAAAUAAGUGCAUUGCGUGUAAGCAGUAAUAAGCACGUUCGUGCAACAUUUCAAGGAGUAAACUUCGUAACACUAUACGUUGUAAUAAUGAUAAUAAUAUAUAUUUAUGUGCAUAAUAUUCUAAUAUUGAGUAAUCAAGCGAGUAGAUCUCUGCAUACAUGAGUGCUUCAUGCCGCGGACGACCGUGAGUGUGCUUCAGGCUGUGGUGUAUAUAAUGAUGGACGAUCGCUAGUGUAAAUAACUUUAACAUAAUAAAUGACGGUGUUCAUUUCCUCGGUC